AUGUCCCCAGAAGUGGCCUUGAACCGAAUUUCUCCAAUGCUGUCCCCAUUUAUAUCUAGUGUGGUCCGCAAUGGAAAAGUGGGACUGGAUGCUACAAACUGUUUGAGGAUAACUGACUUGAAAUCUGGAUGCACGUCACUAACUCCUGGACCCAAUUGUGACCGAUUUAAACUGCAUAUACCAUACGCUGGAGAGACAUUAAAAUGGGAUAUAAUUUUCAAUGCCCAAUACCCAGAGCUGCCCCCUGAUUUUAUCUUUGGAGAAGAUGCCGAAUUCCUGCCAGACCCCUCGGCUCUGCAUAACCUUGCCUCCUGGAACCCUUCAAACCCCGAAUGCCUCUUGCUUGUGGUGAAGGAACUUGUGCAGCAAUAUCACCAAUUUCAGUGCGGCCGCCUCCGCGAGAGCUCCCGCCUCAUGUUCGAAUACCAGACAUUGCUGGAAGAGCCGCAGUAUGGAGAGAACAUGGAAAUUUAUGCUGGGAAAAAAAAUAACUGGACUGGUGAAUUUUCAGCUCGCUUCCUUUUGAAGUUGCCAGUGGAUUUCAGUAAUAUUCCCACAUACCUUCUCAAGGAUGUAAAUGAAGACCCUGGGGAAGAUGUGGCUCUCCUUUCUGUCAGUUUUGAGGAUACCGAAGCUACUCAGGUGUACCCCAAGCUGUACCUGUCACCCCGAAUUGAACAUGCACUUGGAGGCUCCUCAGCUCUUCACAUUCCAGCUUUUCCAGGAGGAGGAUGUCUCAUUGAUUACGUCCCUCAAGUAUGCCACCUGCUCACCAACAAGGUGCAGUAUGUGAUCCAGGGAUACCACAAGAGAAGAGAGUACAUUGCUGCUUUCCUCAGCCACUUUGGCACAGGUGUCGUGGAAUAUGAUGCAGAAGGCUUUACAAAACUCACCCUGCUGCUGAUGUGGAAAGAUUUUUGUUUUCUUGUACACAUUGACCUGCCCCUGUUUUUUCCUCGAGACCAGCCAACUCUCACAUUUCAGUCCGUCUACCACUUUACCAAUAGUGGACAGCUUUAUUCCCAGGCCCAAAAAAAUUAUCCAUACAGCCCUAGAUGGGAUGGAAAUGAAAUGGCCAAAAGAGCAAAGGCUUAUUUCAGAACCUUUGUCCCUCAGUUCCAGGAGGCAGCGUUUGCCAACGGAAAGCUCUAG